AUGAAGGGACAAAGGUUUGGGAAAUGCACCACCCUUUGCCUGCUGCUCUGGGGCUGCCUGAGCUUUCCCUGGAGUGAUGCUGUGGGGUCCGGGACCGCCUCGCCCAGGGUAGGACACGUGAAAAAGGGGCUGCCCAGAGACAUUGCCAACGGGACCGAUCCGCACAGCAACAUCUCAGCACCCUGCACGGCUCUCCCACCACCACGCCAUGGACACUACUAUGUGGACAAAGGCUCAGGAGUUUCCUUGGGCUCGGUCCUUGUGUACUGGUGCCAGGAGGGGUACCAGCUGGUGGGCAGCGAGAGGCUGUCCUGUCUCCGCCGCGAGAGCGCAUCGUCCUGGAGCCACCCUCCACCCCACUGCCAGGUCGCCCCCCAGCCCUCGGCCACCGGAUCCCGCGCCGCGGUGGCCGCUUCGCUGGUGAGCGGGGCCGUGAUCCUGGCACUCUCCGUCUCCUUCGCCGUCUGCUGCUGGCGGGAUAGGGCGAGGAGAAGCCGAGGGAGGCAGCAGCACAGGAGGAAAGUCAGAGGAGGAUGGAAACAUGACCCUUCUGCCCCCGAGAGGAGGAGGAAUGCUUUUGGGAGGCUGAAGCACUACCACCGGCGGGAUUACCACCUCUCAGCCCACUCCAGCUGCGUGUUCCCAGGGGCAUUCUCAGGCCCCAGUAACCUGGCUUUCCAAAGGAGCCCAGAAAACUUGCCAAAGCUGCCCCUACAAAGCUGGGACCCUGAAGCACUCAUCUUACCCCAGCUGAUAUUACAGCCUGGGACACCACUUAUCAGCACCAGGCCCAACCAGCCACCCCACAGCAGACUGCUGCCUGCCAUGCCCUGCCCUGCAGACCUCCCGAGGAACCUGCUCCCCCUCUACUACAGAAGCUACGAGUAACAUAAGUUCUCCAACAAGUUCGGGAGGCUGGUUUGAAGAUUUAAACUGCCAUUUAACUUCUUCCUUUUUUUUUUUUUUUUUCUUCU